AAGAGGCAGAAAGAGGACGAGAUCCUGGCCACUCUGUCAGUCAGAUGGAGAGCUGGGCCAGGGAAUCCAAGCCAGAGGCCGGUUCCCAGGUGGUGGCCCUAGCCAAAGGCGUCCUCCGCGGCCAGGAGUUUUUGGAAGGAGCAAAGGAGGCUCCAGCAGUGCCUUGGCAGAGAUGGCCGUAUUGGGAGGCCAAGCAGGAGGCCGAUGGAGGGGCCCCUUCGCCAGGCACCAGAAGAAUGUCAGGUGGAUAUUGUGGGCUUUCCUUUCAGUGUGAUGGAACGGACAUGCCCUCUGUGCAGCCAGAUCAGGUUCUGGUGACCUUUGAGGAUGUGUCUGUGGAUUUCUCGGAGGAGGAGUGGGCGCUGCUGGAUCCGGGCCAAAGGGCUCUGCACAGGGAAGUCACGGAGGAGAAUUAUGAGAAUCUGAUCUCUCUCGCAUUUCUGGUUCCCAAGCCGGACUUCACCUCAUGGCUGGAAAAAGAGGAAGAGCCAAUACAAGCCGCCACAGAAGGGCAGAGAUUGGCAGAGCGGGAGACUAAAAGAACAGGAGAAGAGCAGAGAAGGAAAACGGAAGCCACAGGGAAGGGGGAGAAAGAAUCCACUGUUACUGAAGGAGUUGAGUUCACUCCAAUCCAAGAAGAGAAUCAGAAAGGAAAGAAAAGGAUUAAUAUUUCAUCUGGGGCAAAAAGCUUAACUGGCACAUCAAACCACACCAUGGAACAAAGAAUGCAAAAUGAGGAAAAAGAGUGGAAGUGGUCAGAGUAUAGGAUGGGAAACAACAAAAUGCUUGUUGUCCAUAAAAAAUUGCAUUGGGAGAAGAAAAUUCACAAAUGCUCAGAAUGUGCGAAAAGUUUCAGAAAGAAGGGCAACCUUAUUGCACACCAGAGACUGCACACUGGAGAAAAACCAUAUAAAUGCACCAACUGUGGAAAGAGUUUCAGUCGUUACUCAGGCCUUGCCUCCCAUGAAAGAAUUCAUACAGGGGAGAAACCAUAUAAAUGCACUGAGUGUGGAAAGAGUUUCAGUCACUUUUCAAGCCUUGCUUAUCAUCAAAGAAUUCACACAGGGGAGAAACCAUACACAUGCUCUGAGUGUGGAAAGAGCUUCAGUCAUGGCUCAGCCCUUACUUCCCAUCAAAGAAUUCAUACAGGAGAGAAACCAUAUAAAUGCUCUGAGUGUGAAAAGUGUUUUAGUCACCAUUCAAGCCUUGUUUCCCAUCAAAGAAUUCACACAAGGGAAACCCCAUAUAAAUGCUCAGACUGUGGAAAGAGUUUCAGUCACAGUACGAGCUUUGCUUACCAUCGAAGAACCCACAUAGUGGAGAAAUCAUAUAAAUGCUCCGAAUGUGGAAAGAGGUUCAGAAACUGUUCAUAUCUUACUUAUCACACAGUCCACAUGGGAGGGAAACAAUAUAAAUGCACAAAGUGCAGAAAUGCUUUCAACCCUUCAAGCCUUAUUUCCCAUCAAAAAAUUCACUCAAGGGAGAAACCAUAUAAUUGUCCAGAGUGUGGAAAGAGCUUCACAGUCUGCUCGUCCCUGGCAUCCCAUCAAAGAAUCCACACAGGAGAAAAACCAUAUAAAUGUACUGAAUGUGGAAAUCGAUUCACACACCCUUCAAGCCUUGCUUCUCAUCAAAGAAUUCACACAGGAGAGAAGCCAUAUAAAUGCUUGGAGUGCGGCAAGUGCUUUACUUACAGCUCGGGCCUUUCUUCUCAUCAAAGAGUCCAUACAAGGGAAAAACCAUAUAAAUGCUCAGAAUGUGGAAAGAGCUUUGGUCACUGCUCUGGCCUUUCUUAUCAUCAAAGGAUCCAUAAAGGAGUGAAACCGUACAAAUGUUCUGAGUGUGGAAAGUGCUUUGGUCAUAGCGGAAAUCUUACUUCCCAUCAAAAAAUUCAUACGGGCGUAAAGCCCUAUAAAUGCUUUGAGUGUGGUAAAAACUUCAGUCACAGCUCAGGCCUUUCUUCCCACCAAAGAAUUCAUACAGGGGAGAAACCAUAUAAGUGCUCAGAAUGUGGAAAAAGCUUCAGUCACAGUUCGGGUCUUGCUUAUCAUCAAAUAAUCCAUACAGAGGAGAAAAUAUAUAACUGCUCAGAGUGUGGGAAGAGCUUCAGUCACAGCUCCGGCCUUGCUUCCCAUCAAAGGAUCCAUACAGAUGAGAAACCAUAUACAUGCUCAGAAUGUGGAAAGAGCUUCAGACAUAGGUCAAGACUUACUUCCCAUCAAAGAAUCCACACAGGAGAGAAACCAUAUACAUGCUCAGUGUGUGGAAAGAGCUUCAGUCACACCACAGGCCUUUUGUCCCAUCAAAGAGCGCACACAGGGGAAAAACCGUACAAGUGCCCAGAGUGUGGAAAGAGCUUCAGUCAUCGUUCUGGCUUGGCUUACCAUCACAGAAACCACACAAGAGAACUUGUAUCAGUCCCUCAAUUGUGAAAAGACUUUUAGAUGGAGCCCAUAUUGCAAUUUCUCUCAAAGAACACACAUCACAGAAACUAUAAAAAAAAACAUGGGAACCCUUAGUGUUAAUCCAGCAUUUCCUCCUUCUUGAAAAUGAGGUUUUAAAUACAGGUUACGUUUUCCUCAUGUCCUCCCGUCCUUUUGAUCAGAUGUACAUUGUAAAUUCCUUGCUUGGAACUCAGUUCCUCUCUGCUCAGAGUUCUGAUUCAGAUCUGGACUGCAGUGCAGAGUGGAAAGGGGGCCUCCCCACAGGGCCUUUUCCAAAUUUGAGAGAGCUCUGAGAAGCCACUGUUUUGUCUGUGUGAUGUGUCACCAAUGUGUCUAUUAAUGGAAUAGCAGUCCUCAGAUUUUCAGAGACAGUUUUGUGUAGGAGAGCCAGUAUGGUGUAGUGGUUAAGAGCACGGGAUCUGGAGAACCAGGUUUGAUUCCCCUCUCCUCCAGUUGAAGCCAGCUGGGUGACCUUGGGUCAGUCACAGCUUCUCGGAGCUCUCUCAGCCCCACCAACCUCACAGGGUGUUUGUUGUGGGGAUAAUAACGGCAUACUUUGUAAACUGCUCUGAGUGGGCAUUAAGUUGUCCUGAAGGGUGGUAUAUAAAUCAAAUGUUAUUGUUAUUAUUAAUUAUCAUUUGCUGCUGUCUCAGCAGCGUGCUCACGGAUAAAUCCUUGAAAAAGACAUCUGUAAAUGAACAGAUAAAUGAUUUCUCAACCAUUGUUAGUUCCGGUUUGCAUGAAGAGCUGGAUAGCUCUGCAAUCUGCUGCAAACAUCUUGCUCUAAAUGCUUUGUGAAUAAAAUACCUUGCAUCCAUUCUGACUUGGGACUCUACAUUAGCAGUGAUAGGAUCAGAUAGUCCCAAGGUACUUUUAAUGAUUUCAAGUAAAUGUGUGCACGUAUCUUUAAAUGCUUGGUGUGAGAUAGGUGAAGAGUGGGGGCGAAAGAAAGGGACAUGAUUGGUUGAUGACUGAGAGUGUGGGAGGAGUGAAGGCAGUUUGAGAGGGGGAGUAGAGAGAAAAGUGUCAAUCAGAAGAAAGCAGGCUGGCUGUGGGCUGCCUGAGUAUAUUGGAGGAUUUAUGAGAGAAAUAUAACCUGUGUGGAACCUGAACUGAGCAUGUUUGUGAAAGGACACUCGGUCAGGGAAAGAGAGGCCAGCUGUGUGCUGCCUGAGUAACUUUAAGCACAUCUGUGAGAAAUAUUGAGUCAGAGAGAGAGGCUGUGUGUGAAGCCAUAGAGGAGAUCUGUGUGAAUGAGUUUAAAUGAAGUAACUUUAAGAACUGAGAACUACUUUUAUGAAACCGAUAUGCUUCUUGACCAAAUAGAAGUUUAUUUUGGUUUUGUUAUAUCCCAGAGUAGCUGUCAUUGCUAUAUCCCAUUCUUAUCCCCAGGGCCACAUAGAACCCACGAAGAAGCCUGAUGCUUAGGGAAAACUACAAAAGGGAAAACUUAAAUAAAAUAUCUUGGAAUAUAAUAUUCCUGGUGGCAGCAAACUACCCAGAGGGUGUUAAGGGAAAAAUUAAAGGCAAAAUCUACCCAAGAGAAAGUAAGGGUCUUCACAGUACUGAUUCGUCCAGUUGUGUGUGAUACCUUUCCGUUUCUAUGGUCUUGAGAACGUGGACAGGGAUCUUGGCUGGUUGAACCCUGCCACCUGCUUGAAUGACCCUUGCUCCUCUUGUCUGGGUCUGGGAGACUGUAACUCCCUGAGAGAGGAGGUGGUUGCUCCUUCCUUGAAGUGGGCAGUGGUGCAUGCAUUUCUAAAGAAACCUACUCAGGAUUUAGGGGACUUGAAUACCUAUGGACCAUUUUUGAGCAAGGUGACUGAACGAGUGGUAGCUGGCUAGUUCCAAGGAUGCCCAAAUGAAGCGGAUCGUUUGGUUCCAUUCCAUUCUAUUUCCAGGCCUGGUUCUGGGACUGAAACAGCCUUUAUCACCCUGGUGGACGACACAAACUGGGAGAUGCAUGGGGGAGUGCAAUUCUGUUAAUUUUCCUGGACCUGUUGGCCGCUUUUGAUACCAUCAGUCGUGGUAUUCUUAUGGAUCACCUUUCAGGAUUGGGACUGCAAGGCACUCUGCAGUCGUUCCAGUCCUACCUUGAGGGUAGGUUUCAAAGCAUGGUGCUGGGGGGACUGCAGCUCUGCUCCUUGGCCUCUGGGGUGCCCCAAGGUUCCAUUCAUGUCCCCCAUGCUUUUCAACAUCUCUACAAAGCUGCUGAAAGAGGUCCUCUGGAGUUUUGGUUUGAGUUGCCACCAAUCUGCCGGUGACACUUGGCUCUGUCUUGCACUACCAGCAGAUCCCAGGGAGGCUGUGAACAGGUGCCUGGAGGCAGUUUUGGAGUGGAGCGAUAACAAGUUGGAAAUUAAUCCCAAUGAGAUAGAGGUGCUACUGCGGACGGGAAGGUCUGCCCAGGAAAUAGGCUAUCUCCUGUUCCCCUACAGAAGCAAGUUCAUAGCUGGGGGUGCUCCAGGACUUGGGCAUCUUGUUGGAUAAACAGGGAGCAGUGGUUACCAGGGGUGCCUUUCACCAGCUUUUGUUGAUGAGCUGGCUAUGGCCUUUCCAGGGCAGGAAAUAUCUCUCCUUUCCAGGGCAGGAAAUAUACAUGUCAUGGUAACAUCUAUAUUAGAUUACUGCAAGGCACUCUGUGUGGGACUGCCCUUGAAGACUGUGUAGAAGCUACAGUUGGUGCACAAUGCAUCAGGCAGAAUGUUUCCUGGAGUACGUUGUAGGAACUAUAUCACUGCAGUCUUAUUCUGUCUGCACUGUCUUUCAGGACAGUGAAAGACAAGAUGCUGGUACUGGCCUUUAAAGCCCUAUAUGGCUUGGGACCAGCAUAAUUUAAGGACUGCCUUCCCCCAUAUGAACCUACCCAUUUGCUCCGGUCAUCUUCAGAGGCCCUGCUUCAGGUUUCCCUGCCAUAUGAGGCCAGACAGGUGGCAAUCCAAGCAAGGGCCUUCUCAGUUGCGGCACCAAAACUUUGGAACUCUCCCCCCAAGUAGAUUCAUCUGUACCCCCUAUUGCUGUUUCCCACCAGCAGGUGAUGUUUUUGUUCGGUUUGAUGUACCCCCAAUCACUAUUAUGGGACCUCUUCCCUGUUCUUUGUGUUGUGUUUGUGUGCAUGUGUUUAGCAAAUAGCUUUUAUACUAUUUAAAUGCUGUUUAAAAUUAAAUUAUUUUAAUAUUUUAAUGUUUGCUGCCUUUGGCACUCUAUUUGGGCAGAAAGGCGGCAUGCAAAUGUUUUAAAUAAAUAAAUGCUCAGAAUGAAAUCUUGAAUGAGCUGAACAAACAGAUCACAAGUUUGAAACAAGCCAGGUUGGUGUAGUGGUUAAGAGUGCGGGACUCUAAUCUGAAGAACCGGGUUUGAUUCCCCACUCCUCCACUUGAAGCCAGCUGGGUGACCUUGGGCUAGUCACAGUUCUCUGGAGCUCUCUCAGCCUCACCUACCUCACAGGGUGUUUUGUUGUGGGGAUAAUAGUAACAUACUUUGUAAACUGCUCUGAGUGGGUGUUAAGUCAUCCUGAAGGGCGGUAUAUAAAUCGAAUGUUGUUGUUGUUGUUUCUAUGGACAAUCCAUUCUAAGCUUAGAAGCACUGAUCAGUAUGACUUCAAAGAGAACAAAUUCAAUGGUUUUAAUGCAGUCACGUGAGUUUCACAUAAUUGGGCUGUAAAGUAUCCCAACAUCCCCUGAAUCUGUCCGAUUUGGGUUGUAUGUGACUAUCUAAUCUUUCUGCACAGGAAGAUUUGAGUCCAGUGGCACCUGAAAGACUAACACGAUUUUCAAAGUAUAAGCUUUUGAGAGUCAGACAUUU